AUGCAGCAGAAGCUGCCAGAUAAUCCGGACCGAUGCACGUUUAACGCAAAUGUUUUGGGUUCUGAAGGGUUCACCUCAGGAAAGCACAGCUGGGAGGUGGAGGUGGGGAACCACCCCAGCUGGAAUUUGGGUGUGGCUAAAGAGUCAAUCAACAGAAAAGAUAGGACAUUCGCAAAACCGAAAUAUGGAAUCUGAGCUCUAGGUUUGGAAAAUAUUGAGUAUACAGAUCCAGAGGCUAAACUUCUUGCUCUGAAGAGGAGAGCCCAAAGGAUUAUGGUGCAACUCGACUACAGCGGAGGGGAAUUGUCCUUCUAUGACCCCCGUGACAUGUCCCAAAUCUACACUCACAAAGACACAUUCAAUUAA